GUAACCUUGAAACAUUAAUAAAAAACUGAUAAAAAAAUCGAUAGUAAAAAUUUUGAAGGCCUGUUGUUUACGACAUUUUAAAAAUUACCCAAAUUCAUGUCUGUAGACUAGAAUAACCCCUUAAAAAAACGGCUCUAAAAUGUUUUUAAUACCCGUAGAAAAUAUUUAAACAUUCUUGCCGAAUUUGAUCAAAAUGACUCUUUUAUUUUUACUAUUAUGAUUUAAUUAUUUAUUAUUUAUUAAAUUAAGCUUAUAAACUCUAUAUGGGAUAAAUUAUUCAUAAAUCCUUAGAUUAUUUGUUUUUUCAUAGAGUUCUAGAAUGGCCUAUAGUAGGAAUAUAUAUAACAUAUAAGUGACCUCCUUGUGCAUAGAUGUACAAGACUUAAAGCCAUGUUUUCGAAUCAUUUCCGCUCUAUAUAUAUACUUAAUAAUAUAGCUGAACAUUUUUAAGAUUGUUGGUAACCCUAUUCAACUUUGUUAAGUGAUACGUAUAAAAUGUUUACCGAACGACUUCCCUAACAAACUCACUAAUUGUUAACGCAAUUAAAAGUUGAGUUUUAGGGUUUAGUCGAAUAAAUGUAAGCUUGGCUAGAGUGUUUUGGUAUGAAACCUCUUAAAAGCGUAGUUUUGAUUACAUACUGAUAAACCUGUCUAAUAAAUUUUAAUAAAGUAAAUAUUGGCAAGGGUUCCACUGGUGAUUUCAUAAAUAUUUUUCGUUAUUAAACGGUCGAGAUUCGCAAAAACAGUUAUACCGCCAUGACGCUACUAACAUGUCGCGAAUUUUUGAGACAAACAAACAUAACUGACGGCCAAACUGAAGGAUGAUAAGAGAAACUUAAAAAAUAAAAUAUAAAUAAAGUAUCAAACAUAAUAUGAAAAUAAAAAACCAAAAAAUAGCAAUGUAUAAAAAACAAAAAAAAAAAACAAUAACAAAAAAAAAAUAUAUAAUAAGCUCAUACGUGGAAUUUUGACAAAAUUUACAUAUUUCACAGCAAACUGUGAAAACACAAACAAUAUAUAUAUAUAUAUAUCUAUAAGCAUAUACGAGACCAUUAUCGACUUCAAUAAUAACAACAAUAACAGCAAAUCUGUGCUGUUGAUCAUGCUCGAAACCGAGACUGCUCGAUCUACACAUAUGUCACACCGUUCACACAUAUAUUAUGCGUUGUUAUUGCUUUGCUCAGUAUAUACCAUACAUAAAUACAUACAUUUUUUAUUUUUUUUCAUUAUCGCUGGCAAUUUGUCAUUCCGUUUUCAAUUUCAACUGGCCUUCCAGCUCAGCGCUCAGCGCUUUGCACAAUCAGUUACAGUUUGGACGAAGCUUAGUGAAGAUCGCAACUAAAAGCGGCUUCAUCUCACUACUCAGUUGAGUUUCUGUGUGCGUGUAUUUGCUUGUUGUGUUUUUAUUUUCUUUUUAUACAAUACAUUGUUAGUGCUCUGUGUAAGGUUUUGAGAAUGAAAAUCCUUUUGGUAUUUUCACUUUUCAUUGCCGUCACUUUGGCCAACAAAGUGGGCAAUCCGGCACCGGGUGGACCCAAAAAACAUAUGGUCUGCUACUACGAUUCAUCGAGUUUCGUUAAAGAGGGACUCGGCAAACUUAUAAUUGAUGAUCUUGAACCGGCGUUACAGUUCUGCGACUACCUUGUCUAUGGUUGGGCAGGCAUUGAACGCGACAGCCACAAAGCUGUCUCGCUCAAUCAAAACUUAGACUUGGAUUUGGGUAAAGGCUUAUACCGCACUGUUACACGUCUAAAGCGCAAAUACCCAACCUUGAAGGUGUUGCUUGGUUUGGGUGGUGAUAAGGAUAUUGAGACCGGUGAAGAUGCCAAAGACUUGCCAAACAAAUAUCUCGAAUUGUUGGAGAACCCAGUUGGACGUACGCAUUUCAUUAAAACCGUUUAUUCUUUGGUGAAGACUUAUGGUUUCGAUGGACUCGAUGUAGCCUGGCAGUUCCCGAAGAACAAACCAAAGAAGGUGCACAGCGGUUUGGGUAGCGUGUGGAAGGGUUUCAAGAAGGUCUUCUCUGGCGAUCACAUUGUUGAUGAAAAAUCUGAGGAACAUAAGGAACAGUUUACCGCUUUAUUGCGAGAUGUCAAAAAUGAAUUCCGUCCAGACAGUCUAUUGCUCUCGACCACUGUCUUGCCCAAUGUGAACUCGACGCUGUUCUAUGAUGUGCCAGCUAUUGUUAACUACUUGGACUUUGUAAACUUGGGUGCCUUUGAUUUCUACACACCCGAACGUAAUCCCGAAGUUGCCGAUUUGCCUGCGCCACUGUUCGAUCUACCCGAACGCAAUCCACAAUUCAAUGUACACUUCCAAGCACAGUAUUGGUUGCGUAACAAUUGCCCCGCCUCCAAAUUGAAUGUAGGCGUGCCUGCUUAUGGACGCGUUUGGAAGUUGACCGAUGAUUCUGGCGAGUCUGGCGUGCCACCUGUCUCAAAGGUUGAGAAUGAAGCACCUGCUGGACCAAACACACAAAUCAAAGGUCUCUACAGCUGGCCCGAAGUGUGCGCUAUGCUGCCGAACACCAAUAAUGCUUAUGGCAAAGGUGCCAAUCUGGCAUUGACCAAGGUCGGCGAUCCAACUCGUCGCACGGGUAAUUAUGCCUAUCGCUCGGACGAGAAGAGCAGCGGUCAUGGCUUGUGGGUGGGCUAUGAAGAUCCCGACACCGCCGCUGAAAAGGCCGCCUAUGUGCGUCAGUUCAAUUUGGGUGGCGUGGCUUUGUUCGAUUUGUCUUUCGAUGAUUUCCGUGGUUCCUGCACUGGCGAUAAAUACCCCAUACUACGUGCCAUUAAGUAUCGCUUGGUGAACUAAGUUCGCGCGGUGCAUAAAUUACACGACUCAUUAAUAUUUGUUUAACUGAUUUUUUUACGACUUUUAAAUGUUUUUUGUAUAAUAGCUGUUUCAGUUUUCCAAUUGUGCGUUAAUAUUUGCAAAAGUAAAAGCACUGAAUCAAUUAAUAUACAUAUAUUUAAAAAAUGUUAA